UAGAUCUCCAAAUUUAAUAAAUUUCAGAGACACUUAAGUCUGAGCCACACCUUGGAAGUUCUGGAGGAGGUAGACGUGGUCACUGUGCCCUCAUUUCUCCUGUCACCCUGUUCUUUGGUCUUAAAACAGAAUGGUGGGACAUCUGUGAAUGAGUUCCUGCAGAAUGUCCACAAUAACAAUGAGGUGGGUUACAUCCUAAGAAUCAGCUAUUUGAAGAAGACAGAAGUGAAGACUUGUGAACAAGGCCUACGCAGCACAAAACACUGGAAGGAGGCUCUGUCGGCAAAUGCAGCAUCCAUUUUUGAUGUAAUGGAAAGUGAUGAGGUGAUGGACGGCUAUCUACACCUGUUAUUAACAUCUGGUCUGGGAUUUAACACACCUGGCAAUGAAUGUACAGCAUACGUUCUGAGAUCACCUGAAGAAGUCAAUGGUGGCAUCCUUGAAAUGCUACACAGAAACUGGCUCAAGAGCCCUGCUAUGGAGGAUGUUGGUGCCAUAGACAUGGGCUCCAUGAUCCAGGGCCUGCCUGUGUGGAACCUGACAGAUUUAGGGUGUAUUGCAGACUACAUAGUGAAAGCUCAGAGAGAUGUUCUACAGGCGUGGUUAGAUGAGAGGCGCAGUAGAAGCCAGUCCAUGUGUAUGACAGAGACAGAGGUGAUGAGCAUCCUACAGGGUGUUCACAGACAUGUGAUGGAAGUGACCAAGGCAGAGAGGGUGGGGCAGGCUGGGACAGAUGCCUAUAAACCUUACUCUCUGUGGACGUAUGCACAUGGGACAUCAGCUGAGAAUAUGGACUGGCCAGAGAGACAAGCCCUCAAGUUACAGGAGAGUAGCUCCAGGAAGAUGUCACGCUUUAUGUCAUCUGACAGUCUACAGCAGUCUUCACCUAUACAGCCCACAGAAGAGGCUGAGAAGUCGGUUAAUGUCGGAGAUUUCCUGAAACUGUUCGCAGCUGAUGGCAGCGCAGCUGGAACUAACCUCUCCAUAUUACAGGGAAAGGAAGGUAGCUCUGUGCUAUCUAAGAUAUCAUCCUUCGAUGACCGUGAGUUAAGCUGGCCUGAGUGCAAGGAUGUAAAGUUUCAUGACAUAUAUUACAACAAUGGCCGUAGAUGUGAGAAGUUAGAAUUGCAGUACUCUAAACUAAAACAGCGCCACCUAGGUUCUGAGACACGAUCUACAAUCUCUGUGAGCUCCUCUGGAAUUCUCGAUCAUUCUUGUUCUGCCAUCAAGACGAAGGCUGUGAGGAAAGUCUGUCGAAGCCCUGUCAGACGAUCCCCUAGGAAACAUGCCCCACCAAGGGACAGGCUCUCCACUGGUGUCAUCAGGGAUAAGAGACGGAUUGAACUGUGCCCCAAAACUUCAAAGGAGCCUGGUGUUAAGCAGAAGCCUUUGGGUGAUCCCCUUACCCAACUGACUGUGGAGAGACCUGCCAGGGGCCUUCCUGAUGACAAGAAGAAGACAGGGCCAACGCGACGAGUACUCAAGGAAGAUGUGCCUCCAGCAGAGGAACCCACAGCAGACCAAGCAGCUGACAAGAAAAAAAGCUCAAGAUCUGAUAGACACAAGAGGAGGCUACAGCAGAUUGUGCAUGAUGUCCUAAAGGCUAAAGGGGUUCGGUCAGGAGAUGAUCUGUAUAAGGCCUGCUCCACUAAGCUCUACACAGUCACAAAGAUCUAUGCUAUGGAUUUACCUACCUCCAGAAAUCUGGUGGCUGAUAUGACAAAGAUAGCUGAGGGGCAAGUACAACAGGUUAUUGACCUUGAGAUGAUGAAACGGAAAUCCACUUAAGUCUUGUGAUUACCAGGAUGCAAACGAAAAUUUAAUUUUUUUUUUAACUUCACAUUUGUACAGCUGUAUACCCAUUGUUCAUUUCAGUCUCCAUAGCCAUGCAUUACAGAUUAUACCAUAUUGAUACAUUUUUUGGAAUCAUUAGAAUAUCAUAAUGGCUGUCCUUUGAGAGACAGACGUUACUAUUAUCAUGUGAUUAAAAAAAUUAAAAUGCUGAUGAUACUUGUUUCAGUCUAAAGGGUCUGUCAUCAGUUCAUGACAUGGAUAAUAAAAACAA